AUGCGCCCUGUCCUCGAAGCUGUUGGCCCCGUUCCGCCCGGCGCCGAGGAUUACUCGCUCUGUGUUUGCCGAGGCAUCGGCCACAACGGUGACAUUGGCGACUUCGCGCCGAACGACUUCAUCGAGGCCACCCUCGAGAACGUCAAGCACACCGACAAGUACGGCCACAUCAUCUUCCUCAAGCUCAGCGACACCCUCGGCUCCGUGCUGCCAGUCUACAUAGGCGACUUCGAGUGCGCCGCGCUGCUCAAGGAGAUCAACAAACGACCUUCGGUCCGCCCCAUGACCCACGACCUCAUGCGCGCCUCCGUCGAGGCCAUGGGCUUCACGGUACGCCGCGUGUGCGUCACGGCCCUGGUCGGCAACACGUACCACGCCGCCAUCUACUAUGCGGCCGCCGACGGCCGCGAAGUGCCCGUCGACGCCCGCCCCUCGGACGCCAUCAACCUCGCCGUGCGCUUCAAGGCCCAGAUCUUCGUCGACCGCGAGGUCGCGGCGCGGAUGGCGCACUCGCCCGCCGAGUACGAGGACCGGAACACGGCGGCGGCGUCGCUCGGGGGCGGCGCGACGGCCGGCGCGGGCGGGGAGACGCGCACGGACAUCUUCCAGUCCGUGCGCGAGGAGAUUUUGCACCACGCGGACCCCACGAUCAUGCUCAAGCUGGAAAUGCAACUGGCGGCGGCGGCGGAGGAUUACGAGAAGGCCGGCGCGCUGCGGAACGACCUGGACCGCAUGCUCGCGAGCAACCGGGAGCUGUCGCUGGUCGUCGCGAUGGAGGUGGCGCUGAUGGACGAGCGAUACGACGAGGCUGCGAGGCUGCGCGACGAGCUCAAGGCUCUGCGGAAGGCGCACGAGGUGCGGAGGCAGGCGGCGGAGGGGUCCGCGGGGGGGCGGUCGCACCUGCCGCAGAGCUCCGGCACCGCGGAGGAGGCGUGA